AAACCCUUACCCCAACUCAUUACCCUCCUCUCUCUCUCCUCUUCUACUGCUCAACUCACUUCAACAAUUUCCCUGUGAGGCUGUGACCACCGCGUCGACCGACCACCGGCCAGCCUGUGACCACCGCGCCGACCCCGACGACCCGGCAACCAAUUUUUACUCAUGGAGAAGGGGAAAAUAGAGGGGAGUUCAGCAAACGCCAAAACCAAAUGGGAGGAUCCAACUCGGCAGCCGUCAAAACCAUGGCACUCAUAUAUCUCAGAUGACUUGCCUCGCUCUUUCAUGGAAUCAGCUGAUGCUGCUAUUCGCUCGGCCUGCUCUCUUCAUCACGACUCUUCUACUCGUCUUCGCUUUAUGCAGGAUCUUAUUCCAGAAGUAAAGUUUAAGUUUUCCAAUUAUGAAGAAGCCUGCAUCAAGAAAUUCAAAGAUGGGUUGGCCACUGGGUUACAGCACCCAACUAUGACUGUGGGAAUCACAUUGGCUACGGUUUUUCUAUUAAUGAGGGGUCCCAGAAGGUUCUUGUUUCACCAUACGGUGGGUCGAUUGCAAAGUGAAGAGGCACAGUUUGUCAGAGCUGAGAAAAGUGUGAAGAUGCUGGAACUUUCUGUUGAUUUGAUGAAGAAGGAGAGCAGGAAACUGCUUGAAAGGGCAUCUCUUGCGGAAAAGGAGAUGAUAAAUGGCCAGACUGAUCUUAUGAAUGCGGGUAAACAUAUUCGGCACCUAGCCAAGUCAGUGGAUCAGGUCGAAAAUCAAGCAGCAGAUUUAGUGGAUCUGCUGCGAGAGAUACCAGGCAGGGAGGCAUUACAACUUCGAGCGCAGGUGGCUUCAGUAGCUUCACUUCUUAAGCAGCAACGAACUGGUCUGGCAAAAAGGAAGAUCAAAUUAACGGAAAUGGGAGUUCCAGUUUAACGAAUUAUGAGCUGACAGCUAAUGACAGUUGUAUCAUGCAAAUUGUAAGAUGUUUCAGGUUCCUAAUAGCUACCGAUAAAUGUCAAGAAACAGCAACUACUGGUUCUAUCACAAGUCCCCUUUUUUCCUUUUUUUUUAGGUGCUGACAACAAUAAGAUAUCAAAGUUCAGUACCAAACUAACAUAUGUUAGUUUUGAGUACCCAAAUUAGAACUUUUUAAAGUUCAGUACUCAAACUGAAACAAAAGUAAAGUUCAGUACCAUAUUGUGUACUUAACUGGUUUUUUGGAGGUACUUUUAUAUAUUCAUUUGGUGUUAUAA